AUGCUGCGGAGCUCGUCAACACCUACUGCCGUCGUGGACGACGAGGAGAGCUCUUUCGAGAGCGACGGUUCCACACUCGUGGAAUGGGAUGAUAACGAGUACGACGCAGACGAUGAGCAGUCCGAGGUUGACAGCUCUGACGAGUCCGAUGGAGACAGCUCGGACGAGUCCUCCAUUGCCACUGUCGAUUAUAACAAUAACGGUGGCUGGGUUGCCUUGGUCGACGAGGACUUCGUUCUGAGCAAUUGGAUCGAUGAGGCCUUUAAGCGGUGCCCUCCUUAA